UUGGCGCCGGGAGUUGAUUGGCCAGCGUCCCUGUCGGGGAGAUGAGCCUCCUGGGCCGCGCUUCCCGGUGGAACCUCGCGUGGCUCCGGGGACCUUGCGGGGUGCGCCGUUUGGAGCCUCAGCCUCCGUUCCUGUGGUGGGGAUCAAACGCAGUGCCUCCUACAUGCAAGGGCUCUACCACUGAGCUACUUUGAGCCACAUCGGCAUUCUGUUGUGUUUUUUUCUUAAAAUGAGUGUCAGUUUCACUUUCUUAAGAACUUCUGCCAGACUUUUGGCACCAUUUAUUCUUCAAAAGAAAAAAAGGACCUUAUAUUCAACAAUCCUGCAAAGAUGCAUAUCUUCCAACACACCAUCUGUGCCCUCUCCUAAUAAGGAAAGCACAUUACCCCCUGAAGAGCUGGAGUUGGAUAAGUGGAAAAUUACAAUGAAAUCUAGUGUGCAAGAAGAUGAUGUUUCUGCAGUCUCAGGUAACAAGGAGGAAGAUCCUCUAGCUGCUACCAGGGAAUUAAUUGAGAUGUGGAGAUUGCUUGGCAGAGAAGUACCAGAAGUCAUCAGUGAAGAAGAGCUCAAAACGAUUAUGGAAUGUCCUUCUAAAUCAUCAAAGAAAAAAUAUUUGAAAUACUUGUACAUUAGAGAAAAGGCAAAAAAGGCUAAGCAAAUUAAAAAGGAAAUGAAAGCAGAAGCAAUGGAAAAGGCAAGAAAUGACAGGCUACUAGAAACUGCUAAGGAAGAUAAACAGCAAAAUUUUCUUUUUCUACGACUUUGGGAUAGGCAUAUGAACAUCGCGAUGGGCUGGAAGGGUAUCCAGGCCAUGCAGUUUGGACAACCGUUGGUGUUUGACAUGGCUUAUGAUAAUUACAUGAAACCAAGAGAAAUGCAGCAUACCAUCUCCCAACUAUUAGAAAGUGAAGGAUGGAACAGAAGAAAUAUUGAUCCUUUUCAUAUUCAUUUCUGCAAUCUUAAAGUAGAUGGUGCUUAUCAUAGGGAGUUGGUUAAACGUUAUGGAGAAAAAUGGGAUAAACUGCUUUUAACAACAACAGAAAAGUCUUUUGUAGAUUUAUUUCCAAAGGAUAGUAUCAUAUACUUAACUGCUGAUUCUCCCAAUGUUAUGACUUCGUUCAAGCAUGACAAAGUUUAUAUAGUGGGAUCUUUUGUUGAUAAAAAUAUACACCCAGGCAUGUCCCUAGCUAAGGCAAAACGAUUGAAUCUGGCAACAGAAUGUCUUCCAUUAGAUAAGUAUUUACAGUGGGAAACUGGUACCAAAAAUCUCACCUUAGAUCAAAUGAUACGUAUUUUGUUAUGUCUGAAAAACACUGGUAGUUGGGAAGAGGCUCUGAAGUUUGUUCCUAGGAGAAAACACACUGGCUAUAUGGAGAUUUCUCAUCAUUCUCAAGACCUGAUCAACAGACUAAAGAAAUUAAAGACUUUUAAUAAAUUUCCAAAAGGUUCUCUGAAAAGUCACACACAAAAAUAGGUGAUGUGAGAGGAUUUAAUAGUUUAAAAAGUAAAUGGAUUGAAUGUA